AUGUCCCUGACACUCCCAACGCUGGGCCUCACCCUGCGCCGCCUUCUUUCCCGCCCGCGACAGGCCCCCCGCGCCGUCGCCUACUACUCUGGCGCCGCCAGCUCCAAGUCCGCGGACCCCGUCAAGGCCCUCUUCACCGAGGAGCUCGAGAAGCUCCAGAAGGCCCAGAGCAAGUCCACCAAGGCCCCUGUCUACAACGACACCGAGCGCAAGAUCGACGCCAGCCUGCUCGACAGCCUCAAGCCCAAGAAGAACUAA